AUGGCAGACUACUUCCCUGAAGAAGUCAUACACGAAAUCCUCCUGAGGCUGCCCAUCAAAUCUCUAAUCAAAUUCAGAGCAGUGUGCAAAUCAUGGUGGUCGCUGAUCAAAAGCUCUACCUUCAUCCACACCCACUUCAGCCGCUGCACAGCCCAAUCCAGCAACCAAAACGACGGUCACCUCCUUCUGCUAAACGCUUUACCUGAGAAAGUGGACGCUGCUUGUCAGCUUGGUGAGCUUUUCUCCUUGCACUGGGACAACCCUGAAUUUGAUUACAUCAGAAAGUCUAUGAUAGCAAGUUACGCCUUUGGCUACGAUUCGCGUACCGAUGACUAUAAGGUUUUGAGAAUUGUGAGCGGCCUUUUAAGCGAAGCCCCAUGUGAGGUUGAGGUUUGGUCAUUAUCCAGUGGCGCCUGGAAGACUCUUAGUGCUGCUGUUAUUCCUGCGGACUUUAACCCUGCAGGUAUUAGUCUUAGAUACAGACAAGUUUUUGUUAAUGGGAUUACGCAUUGGCAGCAAUCCUUGAAGAACAAGGGUAAUUGCAUUGUGCAGUUUGAUAUGGUCAAUGAGGUAUUUGGAAAGAUAACGGUGCCUGAUGCUUUGAAAAGAAAGAAUUGCUUUAUGUCGAGAUACGGGAAGUCCUUGUCUUGUUUGAGACAUCUGAUGAAGUUUCAGAGGGAUCAAAUGCUAUUACUUGUAUUCACAUGUGGGUCAUGA